GGUUCAUGUGGAUCAGAGACAGAAGUGUGCUAGUUCGUGUUUGCUGUCGGAAGAGUUAAGGAGGUGUUGAUUCUCUCUCUCCGUAGUUGACCUCCAGCAUGUCAACCCCCUUCGUGUUCUCUGGGCAGGUGAUGGUGGCGAUACUGGCGUUGACGUGGACAGUGGCUCAGUCCCAGUCUAUCACGGGUAACAGCACUGGCCUACUCGUCAAAGGUCUCUGCCCCAUUGUCAAGCUGGCCAAGAACUUCAACACCACGUCAUUUGCAGGUAGCUGGUACAGAGUUGGAGGACUACCCAAUUAUGAAGAGCGCUCCGUUAACUGUACCAUCUAUAACUACGUCGACACGGGCUCGGGGUUCUUUGUCGAGUCAACUGGUGUGGCGAGGAACGGGGACCCAACAAUCCAGAACAAGACCCUGGUGACGGUAACUCCCGGCAUCGCACGAUACUCCACACACGUGAGAGACAUCGAAGCGGAGAUGGUAGUUCUGGGGACGGACUUCGUCACCUACGCCUGUUUGUUCACCUGCUACAACUUCCAAGGAACUCAUAAAGUGAUGUUUGCUUGGAUCUUCUCAAGAAAAUCAACGUUAAGCAGAGCGAAUAUCGCCCUCUGCCAGAAACAUUUCGUCGCCGUGGGCGUCCCGAUCAACAACUUGAGAGGGACUUACCAGGGACCGAAGUGUGGCCACCAAUAGGCUUUCUCUUCCACAUUAACGCGAACGUGAUGGUUUUUUGUAAUCGAUGACGUCACGCCCCUCUACGUUCUCACCAGUGUGAACUAGCCUAAGGUAUCCUUAAAGUAAACUUAACCUCGUAGUGGGUAGGCAAGCACCAAUCAGCGCACUGCAUGCCCGCACAUCAGUAGACUUCAAGGUAGGAAAGGACCAAUCAGUAUGCGUCAUGUCUUAUGUGACAGUUCUGAAGUGUGUUUAUGUGUUGUGUGAGUUUCUGAAUGUCUAGGACUUUUCUAGUGUGUGUGUGUGUGUGUGUGUGUGUGUGUGUGUGUGUGUGUGUGUGUGUGUGUGUGUGUGUGUGCGUGCUUAAUCACGUCUUUUUAGAAUUGUUUGUAAGCACUCAGCUUGUGUACAUAACCUAAGUACAUGUAAUCAGCUUGUGUACACCUGAGUACAUGUAAUCACCUUGGAUACACCUGAGUACAUACAGGUAUGUCUAUUACAAAUGAAAUAGAUUCAGGAUUUGUUUCUUUUGUGUUUUUUGUAUAAAUAAGUAUACUUUAAGAAGUAGAUCUUAUUUUUAACAUAAACAUAUACUUAACCAUGUUACAUUAACCUUAAAAAAAAUAUAUAAACUAACA